AUGGAGGCGACCCCGGCGGCGGCGGCCAACGGCUCCGCGAGCGGCGCCGACGGCAACCAGUUCGUGCAGCCGGCGUGGCAGGUCGCGCUGUGGGCCGUGGCGUACGCGCUGGUGGUGCUGGUGGCGGUGGUGGGCAACGCGGUGGUGAUGUGGAUCAUCCUGGCGCACAAGCGGAUGCGCACCGUCACCAACUAUUUCCUGGUCAACCUGGCCUUCUCCGAGGCGGCCAUGGCCGCGCUCAACACGCUCGUCAACUUCACCUACGCCGUGCACAACGUGUGGUACUACGGGCUCUUCUACUGCCGCUUCCAGAACUUCUUCCCGGUGGCCUCGGUCUUCGCCAGCAUCUACUCCAUGACGGCCAUCGCCGUGGACAGAUACAUGGCCAUUAUCCGUCCCCUGCAGCCACGACUGUCAGCCACGGCCACCAAAGUCAUCAUCUGCGUGAUAUGGCUGCUGGCCUUAUUACUGUCGUUCCCGCAAGGCUAUUACGCAACGACCGCAGAUCUGCCCGGGCGCGUGGUCUGCCUCGUGGCAUGGCCAGACAACACCACCCAGGCCUAUGAAAUAACGUACCACCUGUCCGUGACGGUGCUAUGUUAUGUCUUGCCCCUGCUAGUGAUAGGCUACGCCUACACAGUGGUUGGACUGACGCUGUGGGCAAGCGAGAUACCGGGGGACUCUUCGGACCGCUACCAUGAGCAGGUGUCCGCCAAGCGCAAGGUCGUGAAGAUGAUGAUCGUGGUGGUGUGCACCUUCGCGGUCUGCUGGCUGCCGUUCCACGUGUACUUCGUCCUGCAUCACUUCAACGAGGACUGGUACGAGAAGAGGUACAUCCAGCAGGUCUACCUGGCCAUCCUGUGGCUGGCCAUGAGCUCCACCAUGUACAACCCCAUCAUUUACUGCUGCCUCAACGACAGGUUCCGGAUCGGCUUCAAGCGCGCUUUCCGGUGGUGCCCUUUCAUCAGUGCCAGUGAAUACGAAGGGCUGGAAAUGAAGUCGGCUAGGUACUUCCAGACCCAGAGCAGCAUGUACAAGGUCAGCCGGAUGGAGACCACCGUCUCCUCUGUUGUUGGCAACCCGGAGGAGGACCUGGAGGACAGCGGCAGAGCAAAGCGGCUCUCGGUGGAUCUGACCUCCAAUGGCUCCUCCCGCAGCGACUCCAAAACUGUGUCAGAGAGCUUAAGCUUCUAUUCGAAUACGCUUUCCUGA